AUGAGCAAAGCUAUGGUGGCUUAUUUAAAACGUGCAAGAGAACAUGAUGAAUUUAUGAAGAAUAAGAUUGCAGAAUAUGAAAUAGGAAAAAGACACUUGGCUAAUAUGAUGGGUGAAGAUCCAGAGUGUUUUACACAAGAAGAUAUAGAUAGAUCAAUUGCAUAUUUGUUUCCAUCAGGAUUAUUUGAGCCUAAAGCUCGACCAUUAAUGAAACAUCCAGAAGAGAUUUAUCCAAUUAGAAAAGCAGCAGAAUUUGAUGAAUCUGGAAGACCUCAUCACUCUAUGUUUUAUACUUCUAAACCAAAUUAUUAUGAGACAUUAUAUAAUAUUGUGGAGAAAAUCAAAUCUCUAAAUGGCAUUGAAGAUUCAUUAAUAAGGAAAGGAACAUUACCUGUGGACAAAAUUGAUCUGGAAGGUUUCACAUGGUUAUCAAAACAGGAGAUUGAACAAAAACUUCUUGAAAAUCUCAAAGAUAGAGAGUUGGAAUUUGACAGCACAGGAAGACCAUAUAUCAUAGUCAAAAACUGCAUGAGGAAAUCUGCAAGAGGCGAAGUGACAAUUUGGGGUAAUGGCUCUGGAAAAAUCAUUAUUAAUGGACAGAAUAUAACAUACUUUGAAGCUAUUUGGCAUCGCGAACAGUGUGAAUUGAUCUGGCAAGAGAACGAGGUAAUGCGAUCGAGAUGGUCAUCAACGCCCGCUGCCGAGCUUCGUCUCGUGCCGUGA